AUGGACACCCGGGUGCCUCCCUAUUCCAUGGACCCCGUGAAGGAGGAGCUCUUCCGGCGCAAAGGCUACGACCCUGCCGAGGUAGAAGCGCACUUCGCCCGCGUGCUCUCCGACGCCCACUGCGCCCUCCCGGACCCGCCCGCGUCCGUCGACGGCCGCCUCUCCUCCCUCCUCCCCCACGACGGCGUCGACCGCGUCAGCAGCCUCCCCGACGAGCUCCUCGGCAACAUCGUCUCCCGCCUCCCCAUCCUGGAGGCCGCGCUCUCCCGCCGCUGGCGCGGGGUCUGGCGCUCCACCCCGCUCGUCCUCGUCGACUCCCACAUCCUCCCUGCCGUCGCCGUGGUCGGGCGUGCCGACGCGCGGCGCAUCACCUCCGCCGUCUCCCGCAUCCUCCGCGCGCACCCGGGCCCUUUCCGCUGCGUCCACCUCACCAGCUCCUACAUGGAGGAGUUCCAGCUCCUGCUCACGCCAUGGCUCCACACCCUCGCCGCCAAGGGCAUCCAGGAGCUCGUCCUCUUCAACCGUCCCUGCCCGCUCGACUUCCUCCUCCCCGCAGCCUUCUUCGGCAUGACCACCCUCACGCGGCUCCACCUCGGCAUGUGGAGGUUCCCCGACACGGCCAGCGUCUCGCGCGCCACCUGCUUCCCCAACCUCCGCGAGCUCGGCUUCAUCUCCGUCUUCAUGGAGAGCAGGGGUUUGGACUUCAUCCUCGACAGGAGCCCCGUGCUCGACACGCUCUGCGUCGGUGGCAACAUGUUCAAGAUCCCACUCCGCCUCGUCAGCCAGAGCCUCCGCUGCGUGCACAUCAUCGGGUGCUCAUUCGAAGAAAUCGCCGUGGUGGACGCACCGUGCCUCGAGCGGCUCAUCUAUUCGGGGGGUUGGAGCAUCGACGGGGCCAGCACCAAGGUGAAGAUCGGCCAUGCCCCCAGGCUGCAAGUGUUGGGAUACCUGGAUGCAGCAAACCAUGUCCUAGAGGUCCGCAACACCGUCGUCAAGGCUGGGACAAAGGUGAGCCCAAGCACCAUCGUACCAAGCGUGAGGAUCCUGGCUUUGGAGGUGUGUUUCCGUGUCCGUACCCAUGUCAAGAUGAUCCCGGCAAUCCUCAGAUGCUUUCCCAACGUUGAGACGCUCCACAUCAUGUCUGCAGAAACUGAUCAACCCGCUGGCAAGGUCAACCUCAAGUUCUGGAACGAGUCUGGUACCAUAGAGUGCAUCCGCUCCCGCAUCAAGCGGCUGGAGUUCCAUUAUUUCCGAUGGGAUCGAAGCGAGCUUGCGUUCCUCAAGUUUUUCCUAGGGAAUGCGCUGGCACUGAAGGAGGCGGUGUUAGUGAUCUCUGAUGCAAGUUUCACUUCGGUGGAGGAUUUGCGUUUAAAAGUGGCGCCUCUCGGGUCCAUGAAACGGGCUAGUGCAGGCUCCUCAAUCAGGGUCUCCAUACGUACUAAGCCUGAAGGAGACAACAUGCGGAGCUACAAAAGAUCAUCCGAUUUUUCUCUUGCUGACCCUUUCGCAGUCUAAAUCAACGGUGCCUAUUGUUUCCUGUGCGAAGAAAAUUGAUCUAGAAGUUCUUAAUGUGUUCUGUUGUCCCCAGUAUGGACAUGCACCGUUUUCAGUUUUUUGAUGAUCUGCCCUGGCUUUUGUUUCUCCAAACAUGAUGAGCUUAAGUGGUGAAGUUAGUAGUACUGUUUUAGAUGAUGCAAAUGACUACCAUUCUGUGGUAAAUACUACAGUGUUUUUUAUGAUGGUAUUUAUGGAGCACCUACUGUGUUUGUGUGUGAUUUCAUUAGCUAGGUUUGAUCUGAUAUGAAUGGUGUUACUUUGCACAAUUGCUGCUAAACGUUGUGGGGUUUGAUGCUGGGGAUAAUUAGCGAUAUCUGUCGCUGUAUGGACCUGCAUUGUUUUAAAUUUUUUGAUGGAUUUUAUUGCUCUGAACAUGCUUAUUAUUGAUAAACUGUUGCCUGUCAUUGAGAUGUUUUUGCAUGAAAAUAUACCACCCAUUUCAAGUAUUCAGUGUGGCUUCUGAACCCCGUUAAUGAUUGUCGGCUAGAGUUAUUCCAUAGGUUACAUUUUACAGGAAAGUAACAGCUCGUGGUAGAGCUAUACAAGUCUACUCCUUGAAUGUGGUUCCGCAAGUAUCUAACACGGUACACUGGUGGCAAGUCCAUGUAGGCGCUUAUCAGCUUCUCAAGUCACUUCACACUUACCGUGAAACCUUGUUAUUGAUAUAGCUAUUUUGAUUUUGUAUCCACACAGAUAAAGCUACAUUGAUUCUCUCUCCAGGCAGCACCGGGGAAGAACCUAAACUCCGAAAAUUUUGCUUUCAAGGAGUUACAAUUGAUAAAUGGUUUCGGUGGUGUGGUUCUCAAGUAAACAUACAAGAUAUAUGUGGUAACAGGAAUCAUGUGAAAAAUUGUGUGAAUCUAAGUUUCCGUGAUUUCUCUGAGUUAGAUUAUCUGUAUAAUUUUAUAAAAUACACUAAGAAUGGUGUUUGAGAUACAAUGCUAUUCCCUCUGAGUAAACUUUCCUUCUUUUGCUUUCAGCCCUGUUGGGACACAUCGUAUAUCCAAGGAAGAUCAUCUAAUCGUUCAGAGAAAAGGAUUGGCCGUUGUUGAUUGUUCUUGGGCAUGUUUACAUGAGGCCCUUUCGUGAAACUCCGUUGUGGUGCCCGCGCCUCUUGCCAUGGUUGGUAGCAGCAAACCCUGUGAAUUAUGGCCGCCCAUGUCAGCUGUCCCAUGUGGAAGCUUUACCAGCAGUCCUCAUAAUAUGUGCAACAUACCGUCCAUCAUUUGAAUUUGUAGUUCAAGGUAGUCGGGAGAAAGAUACAGGAGAACUGGUGCUCAGAAAAUUCAAGUGGGGUCACUCAUUCUUAUAUCACUUAACAGAGUUGUGCUGAAAGCAUACUCCAAGUGUGAUAAUGGCACAGAGAUCAUCAAUGUGCAGAACUCGUGGUUAGCACUUAGCAAGUGCGUGUAGUGUUCCAAAGUCAUCUGUCAACGAUGAUAAACCGCAUCAAAAAACGGAAAUGCGCUGAUUCAUGUCUUCUACUUAAUGCUCACUCACACACGCAGAUGAAGUUUCCGGAUUAGGUGAUGAUUCCUUACGAGGGUUUUGUAUAUGUGAGCAGCUGGAUGGUGACUUGUAUGAAACUUCAUCUAUGUGCUUGCUGCACAUUAUUGAAAAUGUGCUUUCUGCACACAAUUUAGAAUAUUUUUCCAUAACCGCACGAUCCUUUUCAGAAUAUUAUGUUGUUACGUGUGAAAAAUGAUUAAAUAAACAUUCUAAUGUACGGUAUAUUUACG